ACACAAUAAUGUGUUAUCUAACAACAACAGAGAUUCAACAGCGUGUGGUGAUUUUUGCCUCCUGUCAUUUUCCAAAAAUAUUUUGUUGUUUUCUUUAUUAUCUGAUACUUCCAUUUGACAGAACAGUUUUAAAAGAGCAAAUCUUCACUCAAUUAAAUAAUCUGCACUUCAUAAAUAGCGAAAAAUUUUAUCAAAGAAUAGUUAUUAUUUAAUUCAAUCCUACACUACAGCGCGAACCAAUACAAACCGCCAAAUCUCAAUACCGAUUAUUCAAGUCUUGUAGCGAUGUGUAUCGUAUCCAAAACCGUAACGCCGUAACCUCUCUUACGAUCAUAUGAUUUACAUGUCUCAACAAUAACGCAAGCAGAGUUUAGCGCCGAACGCAUUUUAUUAAUAGGAUAAAAUGCCGAAAAAGAAAACAGGUCAGAGAAAGAAAGCCGAGAAGCAAAAGCUUCGGCAAAAAGAAAUCAGAGCUGCUAAGGAGCAAAUAGACUUAGCAAAAUUUCCGUGCAACUCUGUAAUGGAAUGUGACAAAUGUAAUAAAAAGCAAAAGAGUCGAGCUUUCUGUUACUUUUGUCAAAGUGUGCAACGUUUGCCCAUGUGUGCACAUUGUGGCAAGAUCAAGUGCAUGUUAAAAACAGGAGACUGUGUAGUACGCCAUCCUGGCAUCUUCACCACAGGAUUGGGAAUGGUGGGAGCCAUAUGUGAUUUUUGCGAAGCUUGGGUUUGCCAUGGAAGACGUUGUCUCACCAGUCAUGCUUGCAUUUGUCCAUUGACGGAUGCCAUUUGUCAGGAAUGCGAGAGAGGAGUUUGGGAUCAUGGUGGAAGGAUAUUCAAGUGCUCAUUCUGCGAUUGCUUUUUAUGUGAAGAUGAUCAAUUUGAGCAUCAAGCAUCUUGCCAAGUACUGGAAGCAGAAAAUUUUAAAUGUCAAUCUUGUAAUCGUUUGGGACAAUAUUCCUGUCUCAGAUGUAAAACAUGUUAUUGUGAAGAUCAUGUUCGUAGAAAAGGUUUUAAAUAUGAGAAGAAUAAGGCUAUUCCAUGCCCAAAAUGCAGUUAUGAGACAUCCCAAACUAAGGAUUUGAGCAUGUCCACAAGGAGCCACAAAUUUGGUAGGCAAAAUCAAGGUGGUCCAUCUGAAUCUGAUGAUGAAAAUGGAUACGAUUAUGGAAAUCAAGAUUCUUGUUUUGGAACUAAUACUUAUACCAAUAAUGAAGAUGAUGAUGACGACGACGACGAUGAUGAUGAGGAUGAUGAUGAUGAUUACGAUGAUGACGAAGAUGAUGAUGAUGAAGAUGGAGAUGACGAUGAUAAAUCAUCGAGUGCAGAUGAAGAACAAAAAGAUACUAACGUACAACACGCUUCAAAUAGUAAUAAAAAUAAAGCUUAACACAUAUAUUUAAAGAUAUAUAAAAUAACAAUAAUUGAGAAUAAAUUGUUAAUUAUCAGGAAAUUUAAUAAAAGUAGUCAGGAAAAAAAUAUGAAUAUUCUUGAAAAGAGAAUUCAAGGAUUUUGUAAAAUAAAAAUUAAUUUACAAUUUCUUAGUAUUAAUACAUUUAAUUCAUAUGAUAUUUAAGUUUUAUAGCCCUUCAAACAGUAAUAUAUCAAAAAUAUAAUUAGCAUUAGCUAAACAAUUAAACAAAUAUAAUGUUGGAUAUAAUGAGAAAAUAAUCAUGAAGAAAUAAACAUUACAUUUAUUGUACAUGAAAUUUACGCAGCUUAAAUAAAAAUUUCAUACAAUCAUACAUAUACA